GAACAUAAAUAAAAAUGGUUCGUAAACUCAAAUUUCAUGAGCAGAAGCUGCUCAAGAAGGUGGACUUCAUCACUUGGAAGGUGGACAACAGCGGCAAGGAAAACAAAGUUCUAAGGCGCUUUCACAUUCAGAAAAGGGAGGACUACACCAAAUACAACAAGUUGUCCAGGGAGAUACGGGAACUGGCAGAGAGGAUAGCCAAGCUGGAUGCUUCAGAACCUUUCAAGGCGGAGGCCACUACCAUGCUCCUAAACAAGCUGCAUGCCAUGGGAGUUUCCAACGAUCAGCUAACUUUGGAAACGGCUGCCAAAAUAUCCGCCAGUCAUUUUUGCAGAAGGCGUUUACCCGUGAUCAUGGUGAAACUGCGAAUGUCGGAGCACCUGAAAGCCGCCACAGACCUCAUAGAGCACGGUCAUGUGAGAGUGGGUCCGGAAAUGGUUAAGGAUCCCGCUUUUCUGGUCUCCAGAAACCUCGAGGACUUUGUCACCUGGGUGGAUGGCUCCAAGAUCAAGGAGCAUGUACUCCGCUACAAUGACAUGCGGGACGACUUCCAAAUGUAGAGGACUUCCAUUAAGUAGAGUAAUUAAAACGUAACUUUCAAUAAAACCAACUAAGACUUUGUUAAAUAA